AACAACAAAAACUAAACGGGAAAGCUACAGGGAAAGAUCGACACUAGGUUUGGUCCCAGGGUUUGUUCAGUGUUUAUCAUGCUUGUCUAGCUGCGUGCGUAAACCGCUGUGGAGGAGGAUGCUCACAUGAGACGCCAUGGCAUGGUGUGAUCGAGGGGUUCAGACUUUGUUGGCUGUCGUGGGAGCCUUCGCCGCUUUCAGCCUUAUGACUAUAGCCAUUGGCACUGACUACUGGCUGUACUCUCGGGCGUACAUAUGCAACGCCACCAAUGUCACCACAGAUGACAGCCAAAUGCAAACCAAGAAAGUGAAGGGGGACCUAACGCACUCUGGACUGUGGAGAAUCUGCUGUAUCGAAGGUAUCAACAGGGGAAGCUGCUAUUGGAUCAAUCACUUUCCAGAGGAUAACGACUACGAUACAGACAGCUCAGAGUACAUCUUACGUAUAGUGCGUGCAUCCAGCCUGUUUCCAAUUCUCAGCACCAUACUGCUGAUGUUGGGUGGAUUAUGUGUCGGGAUCGGACGUUUAUACAGCAAAAAGAACAACAUCCUGCUCACUGCUGGCAUCUUAUUUGUGGCUGCAGGGCUGAGCAACAUCAUUGGCAUCAUUGUUUACAUCUCCAGCAAUGCUGGGGAUCCCAGUGACAAGAAAGACGAGGACAAGAAGAACCAGUACAACUAUGGCUGGUCCUUUUACUUUGGUGCCCUCUCCUUCAUCGUGGCUGAGUCAGUGGGCGUUCUGGCAGUCAACAUAUACAUCGAAAAAAACAAGGAGACACGUUUCCGUGGCAAACGAGACUUCAUCAAAACCACCUCAUCCUCUUCACCAUAUUCCCGCAUACCAAGUUACCGUUACAGGCGGAGGCGUUCUCGUUCCAGUUCAAGAUCAACAGACCCGUCCCGCGAACCUUCCCCUGUCAGAGUGAAGAUCGGAGGGGGACCUGGAGGGGGAGGGCUGGGAAUGGGUCUACCGAUGGGGGACAUAUCCAUGUACACUCUCAGCAGAGACCCUUUAAAGGCUGGUAGUGGGCCUGCAGGGCCAUAUAGUCCUGAUAGGGACACUGGGUUUUUACAAGUGCACAACUGUUUCCAGAAAGAUGUGAAAAACGGGGCGAACCGGAGGACAACUCCAGUAUGAGGUCCGAUUUGUGUUGCUGUGGAGCUUUAUGGAGCAUGUGAAAUGCUAUUCAGAUGUCAAGAAACAACAGUUUGCCAUGUGAUUGUUCGGGCUGUGGCACUAUCGCCAGGUUCUAGAUGAUUUUCUUUUACAUCUCCAAGAAUGCUUUGAAGUUUAUAGAACAAAAUUUUGUCUGUGAAAUGAUCUAAUAUCAUAUUCAAAUAGUUGUUAUGGAUAGAUGUAGCAUUGUUUCCCAGAAGUGAUUUAAGAAUCAUAUAAGUUAUGUUAGAAGAAAAUUUUCUUCUUUUUUGCUUUUACAUUAAGCUUGGCGAAUGUUGUGGUUUUGCAGAUAUUAUUUGAAGGUCAUUAAAUCAUGGGCAGAGGGGAGAUCUUUUCAGACCUAAUUAUCAUUUUGUUCUAUUUCAAAGGAUUGAAAUAUAUAUAUUUUUCUGUUUUCUUGUGAAUUACUGUUUUGAAAAUUAACCCCUUUCACUGUUAGAUGUAAUAUUUAUUGUCUCCAAUGCUUCAUUUGUUCAUAUAAAGUAAUCACUGUUUAUUAUCAGAGACAUAUUAUACUAAAGUUGUUAAUAACUUAUCACAUAAGGUGCUGACUUAUUCCUUUAGAUCUACAAUUUAAAUGCUUUCAUUGUAUAUCAUUGAUCUUAAUCAAGCUUGAGCAUAAGUCACGUGGUCAAUGUGUGAGUUGUAUGUGAGUGGGAGUAUGUGCUGGAAUGUUUUGUGUGUCAAACACAGUAUAACUUAACAAAACUGAGUUUUUGUAAAUAAUUGUAAGAGCAAAAUACUCCCAGUAAUUAGAUGUACAUUCCAAUACACUGUGCAGAUUAUCAGUGUAAAUGUUACUUGCAAAGACUGCCUUGUAAAGUGCUCUCAAUAUGCUCAGGGAUGAUGAAUGGAACGAAUGAGUUCCUUUCUUAAGCCAGACAGACUGUUACAAUUGAUGCGUUUAUAAAGAAAAACUUAAGGUCAUGCCUUUAGUGUUUACAGAUGGAAAGAUAUUUUUACUUUUUUAACAGGGUUGUGAAGAGCAAAUUCAAGUAAUCAGUGUUUUGUAGUAGAGUUUGGAGACUAAAGAUGGGAUUAUCAUGGUGGAGUUAAGGUAAUUGCUAUUAAGAGUAGCAUCCUUUAGUUCAAGAACCGAAAGAGAACAAAGUACAAGAGAACAUCUCACAAAAAAAAA